CCCAUAAAAGCCUAAUAUAUCCUCUUUACAAAUCUAACCCGUCUAUUCCAAUCGGACGCUCAAAAUUGACUUCGAAGAUUGCAUAUAUACUAACGCAGGUCGUCAUUCUUCAAACCCUAGACAGCUUCCAUACUGUAGCACCACCGCCGACCCAUCUCUCCUCCUCCCUGCUAUCCCCGACCCCAGAUCCUCCUCCCUCCUGCACAGCGCCGACGCGGCAACGGCAACCGACCUCGACGUCAGCGCGAUACGAGCUGUCCUUCUAUUUUCUCCGUCCUCCUUCCCGCCCACAGGACAGGCAAGCCUCUUCCUUCCCACCAUCUUCUCCCUGCCGCCGACAAGGACACUACGCAGGCUAGCGCACAACGACGGUGAUUCUCCAAACCCUAGAACUCCUUUUCUCCACUCUCUUUUUUCGCUAGAUUCCUGAUUCCCUAUACCUUUUACCUCGAAGCAGAUCCAAUCGGCGACGGUACCGCUCUGCAAGACAGUGGACGCCGCCGACAAGAGCAUUUCUCAGCCCGGCGCACAACAUUAGAAGAGUUGCUGUCAAGAUAAGUACAAGCCAGUGCCACUGAGUCGCAGGCCAUAGAGAUCAAUAACAAGCUAUAUCAUAGAAGUUGAAGAUCCAGCGUGACAACUAUGGCUUACUACUCCGCUUUGCAUGGUAGCCACUUGCGGAUGGAAAGAGAGCUUCAUAAUGCACUAAUAGUCAAACCAUUUCCUUCAAGCUCUGCUUCGCUAUCAACAACUGAUAUCUACACUGCCAUACAAAAUGCUUCUGACAAAACCAUAUUCAUCGGAUCCAUAACCACCUUUCCUCCAGAUUUCAUAGUUGAGCUUCCAAAUAGAUUUCUUCGUUAUAAAAUUCUCUCUAUGAAUCCAAUUACUUAUCAGGAUCAAACACUUACAAUAAUACCUUGGAGUAACUCUUAUCGAGCUGAAACAACAUCCUGGACUCUUCCUGUUUCUAUCAAAAUAUUAGGAAUUCCUCCUCAUGCUUUAUCUGAAGAGUAUUUGCUUCCUGUUGUUGCUCCUUUCUGUGAUGUUCAUCAUUCCUAUUUCAAUCAAAUCAGUGGAGUUUCUAUCGUAUUUGGGUACGCAAAAGAUCUGGAACCAUUCCUACAUCCCACCAGCUUCCAGUACCAUAUCGAAGAUCCAACUACACAGAAAUCCAUACAUUUAAUUUAACUUUAAAAGCACUAGCCCUAUCACUAUAUAUGUCUGAAAACAAUUGGUACUGUGUGCUUACCAAUGAAGCGCAAGAACAUGACAGCCCUGGUAUCAAUCCAUUCUCAAAAUUAACCAUCAGAGAGUUGGUCAAGCUAAUAAAUGGUGAUCACUUGCAAUUGAAAAGAGAACAUACCGAAGACAAUCUUGAAGAUCCUGAUGUUGUGAGAGAAUCAUUUGAACACAAUGCAAUAGCUGAAGAGGAACUUGAAGAGGGUGUAGAAACAAACAAUAAUUUGGAACAAGGACAGACCAGCAGUGAAAGCAAUGGCACUGAUCCAAACGACGAUUACUACACUAUAGAUUCCGACCGAGAGCCAGCAGAAUGGAAACAUAGAGACUGAUCCAAAACAUAUGCAUGGAAAUGCUGCUAUAUUUAUAAGUAGUUUUCUCUUAGGGAAAAACUAUCUACCUCUAUUAUCUAGAUGUUUACAGAGAACAAUUUCCUUCAGUAAUGAACAUUAAUGAUUGUAAGACUAUAUUGUAUAACAUCCUCUUAUUUUUUCUUUUUCCUUUUUUGAUCA